GACUAUAUUGACAAUCCAAAUGGGAUUCAGUCUGACCAUACAAACCCAAUCAGGCAUACGCCAAUUGCAUCACAGCUCUCUCAAUCACUGCAAUUUGCAGCAUGAUGUAGAGCCUUCGGAUACGAAGUAGGCGAGUAGGUGAACUUGAUAUUUAUAUAUACAUAGAUUCUCAGAAGUAACUACCCGUCAUCGAGUGCUAUAUUCUCUUCAUAAAAAAAUCCCGAAUAACGUUAUCAAGUAUCAACCUUCUUAAUCGACAAGACGACUCCCAAUAUGCCCUCUCUCAAGAAAACACAUGUCUGCACAUCAUUGCCAUGUACUUAUUGCAAGGGGCAAAAGAUGACACAAAUGAAAAAGGCUCGGGGCUUGUGCAGCAAACUCAACUGUGGCAAAUACCUAGACACACACAGUUCGACGUUCUGUACGGAACAUCUUGGGCGCAAGCAAUAUACAGACAAAUCGAGUCGCAAUGAGCGUCAGAGUGCGCAGCUGUCGAAUAGAAACCAUUCUAGCUCAAUUAGCGAGAGCUCUCGGAUAGGGGCAAUUACAUCAGCGCGACAACCCAAGCAAAUCACGUACCCGACUUCUUACGAAGGCGAUAGAGAGAGCACACAUAAUUAUACCUCAUCACAGAACUUACUCACCGUCGUUCCCUACCAAGCUGGCGGAACUUUGUCCAGCAGAUCUCCAGCAGACCCCAGGUUCGACGGCAUUUGGUGGGAUAGGCAGUCGACAGUGCCUCCCAGCCAGGCAAACAGCAGUUAUGACGCAUCUCCAAAUCUGCUCACAAGCGAGGAUUAUUCACCACCCGAGGCGAAUUUACAAGACUUCGAUAACGGCGACGUAAACCAAUCCUUAGGCGAAUACGGAAAUGACCAGUAUAGUCGACCUAGCCCUACAGCGACUCCAUCUGGCGUGUGUGGAGAGUACAAAUACGCGGACUGGACCUGGGAUAGUUACCAUAAAAACCACCCGAUUCGUGAUCCCGGCACAUACCAUGAGUAGCUCUAUUGGAACAUGGCCGAGAAGAUUGGCGAUUUUGGAUCU